GCCGUGUAGAUGAAGCAGCUGUAUGGCCCAGAACAAGGAGAAAAAUACAAACACACUUCGGUUUUUUUGUAUUUUGUAUAUGUGCAGUGAAUAAAUUCAUUACAAAUAAAUAUACAUACAAAGAGAAUAACUGAAAAAGCGGAGCAAAACCAACUUGCAACAAGAUCUUUCCCCAAAGGAUUCCCCGGUGCAUCAACUUCUUCCUCAUCUCCCACUCUGCAAGGUCAUGACCCGUUGCCAACACACCUCAAGUGCCCCAAUUGUACUACUAAUCCUGUUUGGUAUCACACAACAGCUCUUUGCCACCAUCCCUCUAGUCAAAGGAGGACAAAGCAAUGAUGACGUCAACGUAUCAUCCCCUCCAGGGCUUGCCAAGUUGUUUUCCUCUCAACUGGAAGGGGGGCAAGUCAGGGUAAACAAAGAGCCAACCCCUACACAGAUGCUCCCAGAGGAAGAGGAUGAACUGUUCAAAGAUGUAGACCCCAAAACCCUGGCAGCUGUUCUCCUGGAGGCUCUUAACCAGCCAGGAGAGGCUAAGAAGAGCAACAGAGCAGAGGUAGAAGAAAAUAACAGAGGGAGUGAGGGAGAGGAAAAGGGGCAAGAGGAGCUAGCAUUGCUGGGUUCAGACAGGGACAGGGAUAGAAAGCAAGAGCUGGAGCUGGUGAUGGCUGCUGCAGCAGCAGAGGGAAAGGAGGAGCAGGAAAGAGAAGAGGAGGAAAGGAAGAGGGCAGAGGAAGAAGAGGAACAGCUGACAGAGAAGGUAAAGAGCAGGACAACCAGUCAAGCCAUGCCAGUGAAGGAGCAGCCAGACAAAGAGACAGCCAAAGAGCAGGAGACCAGAGAGGAGGAACAUCAGGAGCCAGGGGGCGAGGAGGAACAGCUUAGUCCACAGGAAGUGAAGAAUCUGCAGGCAAUGCUGGAGGAGUUACAGAGCUACAGCACUGCCAACAAGAGGGACCGGGACUCUGGGGGGCAGAGGGAGAGCAGGGGCUCCUUCCAGGACAUGGACAACUUUCAUUUUGGCAAUGAAAUAAAGCCAAAGCCAAAGGGAUACCAGCUGGCUCUAUCAAAGAAGAAGCUAAAGUGGCAAGAGGAGGAGGAGAAGAAGAAAAACCGGCCUCUGUACAGGGGAGGCAACUUCAUGGACGAUUUUGAUGACAGUAUCAAAGGGCAGAAUGAAGAGGACAAGGAGGAUGAAGAAGAUGAGGAAGUGUUGAGCCCAGAGGAAGAAGAGGCUAGGGCAAAGGCAGAGCAAGAGGAAGUGAGGAGGCAGGCAGCAGAGGCUCAGAGGGCUAAAGCUGAGGAGGAGAGACUGGCUGACAUUGCCUCUGACAUGCUGCUGCAGUACAUGGUCAAACAGGACGGGAAGAAAUAUACGGAUCAAAGCAAGAAAACAUCACAAGGGAACAAUGCAGCUGAAGAUAAGCGCUCUGAAGAAGAGGAAAAUAAUGAUGAUGAUGAUGAUGAUGAUGAUAUUGACCCUCAGACAAUAGACAAGCUGAUUGAAAUUUCAAGUAAGCUGCACCUGCCCGCGGAUGAUGUAGUCGACAUCAUCAGCGAUGUAGAGAAAAAAAAGAAAAAGGAUGCUCCACUCCCUGCUCCUGCCCCAGCUCCCCGAAAUCCAGCUCCAAAGCUAUCAUCCUCUCUUACCAGCCCUUCCAAGACAUGGUUCAAAGACAAAGCUGUAGUCACGCAGAGCAAGCAGGAUUUCUGGCCAAAGCUGCAGAAGCAGUUUCGUACCUAUCCAACAUACUCAUUUGUUCAGAAGCCCUACCGUGGCUACUUCCCCAUUUAUAUCCCCCCACCAAAGCCAAGACCGCAGUAUUAUGCCAAGCCCACAUUCUCCUUCGGUGAUGUUUUGGGAAACUCCCUAGGCCUAGACUAUGACUUUGGAUUUCCCCCAAAACGAAGGUACCGACCCUGGGCUCAACCCCGUUCUCGAAACCCACCGCCCCUACGCCGAAACCUGUACUUCUCCAACUACAUCCUGCCCCAUCCCCGGACGUUCAAGCCUGUGCCCGUGCCCAAGCCUCGCUCGCCUCCUCGCCGUAGACCCUCCUACUACUACUCACCUCCCGCUCCGAUGGUGCCCCGCAACGAAGACUACUUUGAUCCAGUGGGGCAGCAGCAAGACAACGAUGAAGAGCUGGAGAAUUUCAUUGAGAAGGUCCUUCUGAAGCAUCCUAGAAUGUUUCAGUGAAGAUAAAAUGAGAUUAAUGGUGUAAUGAAGAGGUGGAGGAGGGAGGGAGACAGAGAGAGGGAGAGAGAGACAGGGAGGAAGAGAAAGAGAGUGAGAGAGAGAGAGAACAGGGAGAACAGUGGAAAGAUAAUAUUUGUUUCUGCUCUUUGAGUUUUUUUUAAUAGGUCAGAUCCACGUUUCCCUUCCUUUUCAUGCCUUGGUCCCCUAAGGUGUAUUGAUUUAGUAAGAAAGCAUACAGUGUGUAAUAUCCCAGGUGCCUGACUGGACACUUUGCUCUUGCCUAAAAUGUCUCCAUUCCCUCAUUUCUUCUUCAGCCUUGGAUGAAAGAAAAAAGAAGAGGAAGGGAGCAAGCGAAAGUGAUACGGAUAUGGAGUUAAUGUAAAAAAAAAAAAACCACAAAAUAAUCAACCUAAAUUCCUCCAAAGUACAUUGUUUGCUUCCUGUGAAGAGGCACCAUAGCUACAGGCCAUCUCAAUCAUUUCCUGCUGCCCUUGCAAAGCCAACAAAGUCAUCUCACGCUGAAAUUCAAAACUUACAAUCCAUGCAUAGCAAAUUCCUUCUAAAGACAAAGUAAGCCUUAUGAGUUGAAUGGAAUUAAUAUAUGUUUAGGUCUGUAUAACCUACACAGUCCACCAGUCCAGAUAAUGGUUCCCUUCAGUAACAAAGUGUCAGUGCUUUAAAUAUGUAACAAUGUGGGGGGAAAGGAAGGUCAUAGCUGUAAAGCCAUCCUUUAAAAAUCAUCUGGUAUGCACAGCUACAGUCAGAAAAUGUGCCAUACUGGUAUGGAAGUUUACAGAAAAACAUAUGCAGCCCUUGGCUAAAGGAAGUUUCUUUGUACCAAAUGUGAUUCAAAUGGUUUUGUUACCGACAAGUAUUCUAGUCUUUAUCUGUUAUUAUGUGCAUUUGUUUUACAAUGUCACUGUAUGUCACUGUUUUUAAUGUAUUGUUUGUAUUAUUUGUUUUUGUUCUUUAUUUUACAUUUUGAUGUACUUACUGAAAGUGGUGCAAAACACAUCCAUACAUUCCAAGGUUUCGGAGGAACAAAGCAAUUUUCUGAAAGCUAUUAGCAACACAAUUUAUUGCCUUAUCAAGACGCACUCCCCCUUUCUGUACUGAAAUGCCUGUUGGUAACAGACCCUCUCCUCCAGCAAAGGCAUGUCUCGUAAUUCAUUUCGGACAGAAUACAGGUCAUGUAUUUCUUUUCUUAGAAAAUAUCCUGAUGGUAUAAAAAUAACAACUGGACAUUAUUAACAUCUUAACAUAUCAACCAUCUAAAUGCUUGUACCCCAUAAAACCUUUUUAAAAAUUUUAUCCAUAAGUAAGGCAUGCCUGUGUUGACAAACCAUAGAGUAAGUGCGACAAAGAGACCAAUAAUACUGAAUUUAUACUUGGGCGCAUUAAGUUUGUGUGUAUGGACCUGCUCUUUGAAAAUAUAGCAGCGCCUGGGGGGGAUGGGCUCCUGUAGUGAACUUAGAAGGAUCAUCACUCCAGUACUCCCUCCACACCAACCUCAUCAAUACCAUCCAAGAUGAUUUAUUCCUGCUUGCCUUCAUGUUAAUCUCAAACUUUUGUGACACCCAUAGCCAAAUUACAAUGUCACUAACAAUUGCAAAAGGAAGAUCAACAGCAAUUUAGCAAGGCGAUAUACUCUAAGGAAGAAAUAUCUCAUGCUGACCCCUUAUUUAAGUUUAUCAUAUUAUGUGGAUCAGAGGCUCAUCAUUUCUGGUAAAAGGGAUACAAUAUAUCAUCCUCUUCACCCGGAAGUUCCAAAAGCAUAUGCAUUCUCUGUUAACAUUAUCCUUAUGGAAACACAAAAAAUACAUGGAGAGAUUGAGGGAGGGCCAUUAAGAAUAUAUUUUAAGAGAUUAUUUCAAAGAGGAAAUAGAAGGGUGAUGGAAAGAGAGAUAUGAAAGGGGGAGGAUCAAGUCAAAAAAUGACUAAGUCUGCACGUCUGUGUGUACUUGCAUCUCUAAGAAAUGUGUUGCUUCUUUGAAGACAUUAUGAGCAUUGAUAAAAAGUUUAAAAAAAAAAAUCAAAUAAUGACUAGCAUACUUGAGUAAUUCUGUUAAGUCUUGUAAAAGGAAACUUUGUUGUUGAUGUUAUUUAUAGAUGUACCCUGUACUUACCGUAAUAAACAUGCGUCUGCUGGAUGUAAAUACCGCAUGUUGAUGACUAGUUUUGCUACACAGAGAUAUAUAAAUAAAAGCAACUAUUUUUUAUUAA